AUGAGCGAAACUGACGCUCUCUUAACGCAGCAAACUUCUCGAUCCAACGGUAGUAACUCUUCGUUGAGAGGUGGUGGAAUUUCAAAUUCGCAACCCCAGGAAGACUGUCUCAUGGCACCACUUUUGAGCGGUGAAAUUUCUUCAGUUCCAGGCAGAAAAGAUGAUUCAACAACGUCUAACGCACCACACGCUUUAAGUGCAUUGAAGACCAAUUUGAUGGUAGGAGUGCUGUUUCUGGGAACCUUUUUAGCGGCUAUGGAUAUGACAGUGGUGACAACGCUCUUGCCAACCAUUGCGUCCGACCUGGAGGCUAGCUCACAAAUGUCUUGGAUUGCAACUUCAUACUUGCUAUCUUGCAGUUCUUUUCAGCCAAUGUACGGGAAGCUUUCAGACGUUUUUGGUCGUCGUGAAAUGCUGGUCGCCUCUAACAUUUUUUUCGCUGCCGGAUGCUUCUUGUGUGGUUCUAGCUUUUCUAGCAACGUCUGGUAUUUGUCGGUAGCGAGAUUUAUUGCUGGUAUUGGCGGUGGUGGAAUGACCACACUUUCAACCAUUGCCAUAAGUGACCUCAUUCCUCUCCGACAGCGAGGAAUGUAUCAGGGUAUGGGAAACAUUUGCUUCUCCUUGGGAUCCGCGUCAGGGUCCCUCCUAGGCGCACUGUUACAGAAAUCUAUCGGUUGGCGCUGGGCUUUUCUCGUCCAAGCUCCGAUCGCCGCGUUGAGUGCGAUUUUGGUGCUUGUAACACUAAAACUGCCUGACAAGUCACCAGGACGUGGCUCUGUGUGGAUAGCCAUUAAGAAAAAUGGUCACUUCGACUGGUAUCAAAUACCGAAGCUUAUCGACCUUGUCGGAUGCAUUUCUCUUGUGAGUGCUAUGCUAGUUUUAAUGGUCGCCAUUACCUCUUUAAAUGAUCCCGGAAGUCUCGGAUUCUACAAAUGGACUGCACUUCUACUAGCUCUGGCAUUAACAUCUGGGUACUUUGUGCACACCGAGUUAAAUGUUGAGAACCCAGUGAUCCCACUGAAGCUUGUUAUUGGAAACAGAACGGUACUAUCAUCCUCUUUUACAAACUGGUUUUGCACAAUGGCUAUGUUUGCCGCGAUAUACUUCAUGCCAGUCUUUUGGCAAGGCGUGUACCGACUCUCUCCGUUGGAUGUGGGGUUGCGGUCAGUUUCUAAUUUUCUGGGAAUAUCUGUUGGUUCGAUGGGCUCGGGACUGUACAUGAAGUCAACUGGCAAGUAUCGUACUUUCUCCUUCGUGAUGUACAGCUUGUUCGUACUUGGAAUCUUAACUCUAUUCCUCACCACGUUCCACCGCAACUCUCUGGGUUACAUUGAAUACCUUUUAAUGUUUUUGCCCGGCGCUGGAUACGCUGCAAUGCUAACUGUCACACUUUUGGCUCUUAUUGCCAGCGUAGAUUACUCCCACCAAGCGCAAGUAACUUCUAUCCAGUAUGCGUUUAGAGCCACCGGUUCCACGUUUGGUGUUGCAUUAGCCGGUCUCGUAUACCAGACGGGUCUUAAAUAUAAACUGGAAAGAAGUGUACUAGGAAGCAGCGAGCUGUUAUCCAAGUACGGCACACGCAGACUUGAAAAGUGGUGCCAAGAGAUCAUCAAAGACAAUCUUUUUGACACAUCAUUCGAUGAAACUCUGCAAUAUAAGACUGCCGGUUCCUUCAUGUUUGGUAGCCAGGGCGCAAUAGGUUUGGCGUUAGUAAUGGCUAUCUUGGGUCUGUGCUCGAGUAUGUUCACCAGAGAACAUUUCCUGCACACGUCUGUUCCAAGCCGAAACUAG